AUGCGUGUUUCCGCUCUAUUCUUCGCUGCCGUACUGUCUCUGGCCACAGCUAAAAAGAUCAAUAUGCACUGCAACUUUGCAGAGGAUCACACCGGCAUGGUUCAAGAGCCCUACUGCUGCCGUGAUAUGACACCAGCACGAGGAAACUCCAAGGCUAACGAGGCAAUGGACUGCGAUAACCUAAAGCUGCCCCAGUUGUGUGAAGAUCAGUCUCGUCCAGCCUGCUGCUACACUAUUGGCCCGAAGAAGAUUUGCACCUCGCAUGCCAUAUUUAUGGAUGCAGAGGAUGUUUAA